AUGCUGUCCCUCUUGGCCAGGGCCGCUGCUGGGCCUCUCCGCUCGCUAGGCCGCUCGGCCUUCUGCUCACUGGCCCCAUGGUGGCGGGCGGCGGCGCUGCCCGCGCCGGGGAGCCGGACGCUGCCGCCGUGGUGCGGCGCGGCCGCCCCCCGCGCCCUGCUGGCCGUUCCGCUGCCUGCUGCGCUGUUGCCGCCGCUCCUGGCGGGGCUGAAGACGAAAACCUCGUUGAGAAGGCGUUGCAAGGACUGCUUUAUCGUCCGGCGGCGGGGCCGGCUCUACGUCUACUGCAAGACCAACCCUCGGCACAAGCAGCGGAAGCUGUAGCCCCGGUUCCGGGAGCCUUUCCCGUCUGGAGGCGCCGCGGCGGGGCACCGAAGGCUAGAGACAUAGGGCUGCGUGCUUUGUCUGGCCUCGAGUCCUGCGUUCUCCAUCCCUGACACUGAGACCUCUCCCUCUGCCCUGGCUGCCCCGCGACUCCUGAGAGCUGGCUGCUGGGGACACAAACGGCAAACUGGUGUAGUGUUUCGUCUUAACGCUAACGUACGACGAGUUAUGUUCUUGAUGGCCCUUGUCGUAACUUCAGACCAUGGAUGCUGAGAAGCGGCAUGGGAAGAGACAACUUUCAGGACCUCUUACAGUCUUAGCCUUGAAGCCUUAAAAAUCACCUCACUGUUAGUAAGGGCAAACCUGAAUCAUUGGACUCAAAUGCAUUUAUGUUUAA